AUUGAAUUGAACUUUCAUUUGGAAACGCCAACGAUUUCUGGGCGUUAAAUUAAAAUGAAAAGUUAAAGUUCUGGAUAACAAAGGAUCUCUUUUAUACUUUUAGCAUUAUGAUUCGCCCCGCUAUUUGAAAAGCGUAUACGAGUGAAUAGAUUUGAACUUCGGUUCCAGAAAGAUUGAAGCAACAGCGACCUCGUUACCUCGGACGAAAUAUGUCCGUAAGAAUAAAGUUCAUGGUUAUCGUAUUUCUCUGCUUAGCCCAUUUACUAGAUGCUAAUCCAAGACCUCUUAGGGAAGGAAAACAAAGGAAUUUUGACUUAACAGGCAUUGGAGACCUCAGUUCAAAAGAUAUCCUGCGAUUGGUCGACAACACAUCACCUGAUACUGACAAUGAUGUGAUAAAUGCAGGACAAAUCGACGAUCCUUACGAAAACAAUAUCGAAGCGGAAACGAAAGAGUUCUCAAAAACUGUGCCAAUUGGCGACCGUCCAGAUUUGGCGAGCCCUAGAGAUCAGGAGCAGAGGUUCGUGAAUCUGCUGAAGAAACAGUACAAGGGAACUUUUCCGGAAUACGGGAAGGAGACGAAAUCAGACUUUAGCAAAAACCAGGAGUUGGACGAUAAUCUCAGCGUUCAACCGGAGACGGUGUACAUUGGGCACUCAGAUAGAUACAAAGGGAAAGAUGACGGUUUUGAUGGCAUCCCUGAUGAGACUUCAGACGAACAGGAUAACCUGGACACCUUUGACGCUGAUGCGAAAGUAUUGAACGAUGAAAGCAUGAAAUUAGCGAGCACCACAACAACUUCCAAUGCCAACGCGAAAUCUUUCGAUGCGGACGAUUUUCAGGAUGCGCUUACGAGCACCACCGAGCGUCCCUCUCGGGCCCACGCGAGACAAAACACGAUGCAAACGCUUGAGGAUAUUUUAGGGACGUAUGAUGAUUCAUAUGGGGAUAACACAGACGAUGACGGACAAACGGGGAUCGAGAAUCCCGUUCCAAGUGCGGAUUACGAAGGGCAUAAAAGCGUUUCAGGAAACGACGAGGGAAUUGACGACGACCAAGCCACGAAGAAACCUGAGAGCACAGAGGACAUGACUGACCCAAUGGAUGAUCAGGGGACUGGUAACGCGGAGGAUCACAUGGACGAUCACGUGAAUGAUCACGUGACGGAUCACGAUGACAUGGACGACAAUAUGGCAGAUGGGACGGAUAACAACGAGAAAGAAGAGCUCAAACGUCUACAGGAAAAAAACCAGGAGGAGGCGAUGUGGGACAGUGAAGAAAAACUACGGCAAAAACUCGCUCGAAAAAAGAAACAAAAACAUUUGACAAAAGGGAAAGAAGAAUCGAAGGAGAAACAUCUUUCCAAAGGAAUCCUCAAAGAGUUUGACGAGUUGAAGGGAAAAAGCUCGAAAACAUCUGAGAAAGUAAAUGAUGACAUCCAUGAUGAAGGAAAAACAAACGAAAACAAUUUAAAAUUAAGAAAACAAAGCAAACACAUUAAAUAUGUCCAUGCGGAUGAAUCUCAAGUGACCGGGGACGCCAUUUUGGAUUUCUUGGACAAACUUUUAGAGAAGGAUCCGAAAGAAUUGAAGCAUGACGUCAUGGCAAUGACUAAGGAAAUGCAAAAAGAAGGUAAAACCGAUUCAGAUGCACCGGUAAAGUCAGCAACCCUUAAAGAUAAAGCAACAUCGAAUUCAGAUUCUUCAGAAAGCCAGAAGGACAAACCAGAAGUGACAAGCGAGCCUGAGAAAACCAGCCAGAAGCCUGACGACGUUGACAACUGGAUUGAACAACUGGAAGAUAACAUAGAUGUCGAGAAACAGAAUGAAGAAGAAGAGAAAGAGAGUGGGACGAAAGAAACGAAUGAAGUGAAAGAACAGAGUGACAGCAACGAACAGGAUGGAGCCUCAAAUGAAAAUUACUACGAUGAAGAAUAUGAUCAAUUUCACGACGAAUCGCAAGACAUCUAUCCAGAACAGUAUGACGGACAGAGUUUGGGUGCAGAAGUUCAAGAAGAUCAUCGGAAAGAAAAGGAGAAGAAAAAGAUGGAAAAGAAACAGGAUGACUUUGAUUAUGAGGAAUUCAAGGAAGAAGCGGUGAAGAUGCACAAUGAAUUCAGACGGCGUCACAAUGCAGAGGCCUUAACGUGGUCCGAUUCGCUUGCAAAGAAAGCCAAAAACGUCGCUAGCAAACUACUUCAUGCAACAAGGAGAAGCUUCAAACGAGAGAUAGAGAAACAGGGUGAAAACAUCGCAAUUUUACCGUAUACAACGAGAAACAUUGCUAAACAAGCCGUGGAGAAAUGGUAUGGAGAAAUCACAAAGUUUAGCUUCACCAGUCCUAGCAUAAAGCCAGAAACAAAGGACUUCACACAGAUUAUUUGGAAGAACAGCAAAAAAGUUGGCAUGGGUUUUGUUUCCACAACAAACAAAAAGAAAACGCUGGUGGUCGCGUUGUACAGCCCCACGGGGAAUGCUCAGGACAAAAUGAGAGAAAACUUAAUCACAGUUAAGGACGAUCCUUACGCGGACAUUAAAAGACAUGUUUUGACAAGAAAUCGAAAAAAACUGUAAAGGCAAAGACAUGCACAAGGUUUUUAACAACUUUUGCCAUAAAUUAAGUCAGUGACUUAACUAAGCCUCAAGCAGUACAAGAUGUUAAAAUGGUCGAACACUAAUAUUUGUAUAUAUCCUGUCCGUAUUAACAAUCUCAAACCAUCCCCCAGGGCUUCUGAAAGAAUUCCUCCGCGAAACCUAAUGAAGCUACAAAGCUCUCUCUAGUUAAAAAAAUUGAUAAAGGAAUAUCAAUUUAACCACUAAAAAUUGAUGUCAUUUAUACUA